UGGGCGCAGCCAGGAAAAGUCCUGUAAUCAUGACUGGGAACAGGUAAUGAGUGUCGGUGAGAGAAGUUAAUCUUGCGCAGAGUGCAGAAGUCAAGCUUAAACAGAUGGUUUCAGGAUCCGAUGGUACCAAUACAACACUUUUAUGGAAAGUAUAAUAGGCAGCCUGAGCACGGAGUGGUGUUAGUGGUUGCCUAGGAAACCACUGGCAGAAGGCACUCUAGUUUUAUCAGGGUGUGCCCCGAACAUCCGCAUAUGCCCACUGCAGCCCUGGUGAUUCUCCUUCUCACACUGACUUGGUGGACGAUAUAAGCAGUUGCUUAGCAACAGGGGUUUGACUUCCGGGAUCGGCUCCCUGCCCGGCGCUGUCUGCUGACGUCAGUGCCCGGCGACCCACGCACAGCGCGGACGGACGCGACGCUGGCGGUGGCGCUGGACAGCAUCACUUUCAGGAGGAAUGAAGCAUUGUUUCAAUAAGCUGUAAGGUGUGACAAGAACACUGGGAUAGUGUUUGAGGGCAGUGACAAGAAGAGAAAAUGAAGAGCGUUCUGCUGCUUGUGGGGAUAGGUCUGUGUUUGGCUUUGGUGAAAGGAGACUACAGUUCCAAACCAGGAUCUUGCACUGGUGCUAAUGAGGAGUAUAAGGAAUGUCCCUCCAAUUGUCCGCUAACCUGUGAAAAUAGGGACAAAGGAAUUGUGUGCACUCAGGAAUGCAGACUACCUGGGAAAUGUCAGUGCAUGCAAGGAUAUGUCCGCAACAGCGAAGGAACCUGUGUUGAUCCCAAACAAUGUCCUCCUAAACAAACUUGUCCUGGUGCUAAUGAGGAGUAUAAGGAAUGCCCUUCCAAUUGUCCGCUAACCUGUGAAAAUUGGGACAAAGAAAUUGCCUGCACUCUGCAAUGCAGAUAUCCUGGAGAAUGUCAGUGCAAGGAAGGAUAUGUCCGCAACAGCGAAGGAACCUGCGUUGAUCCCAAACAAUGUCCUCCUAAACGAACUUGUACUGGUGCUAAUGAGGAGUAUAGGGAUUGCCCUUCCAAUUGUCCGCUAACCUGUGAAAAUUGGGACAAAGGAAUUGGGUGCUCAAAGGAAUGCAGACUACCUGGAAAAUGUCAGUGCAAGGAAGGAUAUGUCCGCAACAGCAGAGGAGCCUGUGUUCACCACAAAGAAUGUCCUCCUAAAAAAUCUUGUCGUGAUGCUAAUGAGGAGUAUAAGGCAUGCCCUUCCAAAUGCCCACCCACCUGCGAAAAUUGGGACCAAAACAUUGUUUGCACUAAGGAAUGCGAUCUCCCUGGGAAAUGUCAGUGCAAAAUAGGAUAUGUCCGCAACAGCGAAGGAGUCUGUGUUCGUCCUAAACAAUGUCCCCCUAAAAGAUCUUGUCCUGAAAACGAGGAGUACAAGCCAUGUGCAGGCUGUGAACCUACGUGUGAGCUCAAAAACCCUAUUUGCACUCUAGAUUGCAAGCUUCCCGGACGAUGUCAAUGCAAGAAGGAUUUUGCUCGUGACAGUAAAACUAAACUCUGCAUACCUGUGGGAAAAUGUCCCUGAGCGUACCCAGCACACAGGACACACAUGCCAUGACAUAGAUGUACAUACAUGCUGCCAUAUCAUGUAUGCUCUCUUCAUACUCUAAUAAAGGUGGCAUCAUUACUG